AAUCAAGUUUAUUUUUCGAAUCUAAAAUCUUCAAGUCCAUGGCAGGGAGAUUUGCUUUGCUUUUCGUCCUUGCUUCACAGUUCUUGGUUUCGGUGAUGUCGUCGAGGAACUUUACGAUAGAGAACAAAUGCGAAUACACUAUAUGGCCUGCAUCCUACACCUACCAGGGAUCGCUCGAAACAAACGCUUUCCGUCUGGACAAAGGACAGACGCGUACCGUCCAAGCGACGUCGUCGUGGAUAGGUCAAUUCUGGGGUAGGACGUUGUGCACGACCAACUCAUCAGGGGGUUUCUCAUGCAUCACCGGAGACUGUAACUCCGGCGUACUUGAGUGCUCUGAUCGCGUUGUAAACACGACAAUUUUGGCAACUUUGGUAACUUUAGCCGAGUUUAAUCUCGCCGCGACUCCUGAGGAUGGUGUAGACUAUUACGACGUCAGCGUCAUCAAUGGUUACAACCUCCCUUUGCUUGUGACCCCCGAGAACGAAAAGUGCGAAAGCAUCGGAUGCAUUGUUGACUUGAACAGGACGUGUCCAUCGGAGCUGAGGUUGAGCAAUAGCGACACCGGAUCGAACGAUCCAUUUGCCUGCAGGACCUCGUGUCAGCAAAACAUGUCGGCGGAGAUUUGCUGUGUUGGAAACUACGUCUUAAGUGAUAAUGUCGUAGGACCGGAAGAAUGCAAGCGGACGAAUUACUCGCAGACUUUCAACAACGUGUGCCCACGCGCUUAUAGCUACGCCUACGACACUAAUAGUAGCACCUUCACAUGUCAGUACUCCUCCAACUUUGUCAUCACGUUUUGCCCGUCUAGCACAACAAAACUACGAAAAUCUCCAUUGAAGUUAACACUCAUACUUGGAGUUUCAUCAGUUUUUUCAAUGAUUAUCAUUAUUGCGAUUGUGGUAAAGGUGAGAGCAAAUAAAAUGAGAAAGAGUGAUUUGAAUGGGAAGAACAUCGAAGCAGUUGUAAUGUUAAAACGUUAUAGUUAUGUACAAGUCAAGAAGAUGACAAAAUCAUUUGCAAAUGUUCUUGGUAGAGGGGGAUUUGGAACUGUCUACAAAGGGAAGUUACCCGAUGGCAGCCGAGAUGUUGCAGUAAAAAUCUUGAAGGAGACAAAUGGGAAUGGGGAAGAGUUCAUCAAUGAGGUAGCUAGCAUGAGUAGGACAUCUCAUGUAAAUAUUGUUUCACUGCUUGGAUUCUGCUAUGAAGGGAGCAAGAAAGCUAUAAUAUAUGAGUUCAUGCCGAAUGGAUCCCUCGACAAGUUCAUCUCCGAGAAGAUGUCAACAAAGAUGGAAUGGAAAACGUUAUACAACAUUGCGGUAGGUGUCUCUCAUGGCCUUGAAUACUUGCACGACGGUUGUGUAUCGAGGAUUGUACAUUUUGAUAUUAAGCCGCAAAAUAUACUCAUCAGCGGAGAUUCAUGCCCGAAGAUUUCAGAUUUCGGUCUUGCUAAGCUAUGCAAGAAUAAUGAAAGCAUCAUGUCAAUGCUAGACGCGAGAGGCACAGUAGGGUACAUUGCCCCAGAAGUGUUUUCCAAGAAUUUUGGAGGAGUUUCUCAUAAAUCGGAUGUAUAUAGUUAUGGAAUGGUGGUUCUUGAGAUGAUUGGAGCAAGAGAAAGAGCUGAAAAUACUGGAACCAACAACACUUCAAUGUAUUUUCCAGACUGGAUUUAUAAAGAUCUUGAGGAAGGAGAAAUCAUGAGUGUUUUCGCAGAUCAAAUAAUAGAAGAAGAAGAUGAGAAGAUAGUAAAGAAAAUGGUAUAUGUGGGUCUGUGGUGUAUUCAGACCAAUCCAUCUGAUCGUCCACCAAUGAGCAAAGUCGUUGAAAUGUUAGAGGGAAGUCUAGAGGCUCUGCAGAUUCCACCUAAGCCUCUUUUAUUUUUGCCGAGGGAAACAGUUCCAAAAACUACUGAUGAGAUUCCAGAGACUUCUAGCUUCUCAAUACCAAGUCAAGAUACUUUACACUAUUUCGAAGAAGCUGUUCAAGAUAUUGUAGAAGAUAAUAAAGAUAGCUUAACAAAGGCCAACAAGAGAAGAGUAUUUUCUCCUUAACAGUUGUAAAGAUCUUGGGAUCCAAAUUCCAAAAAAAUUAGUCCAAAUUCGAUUUUGCUGCUAUUCACCAUUGAUCGUUCCUGUGGAAAUGAAAAACCCAAAAUAUUCAAUGUAGAUAAUAAGAGACAAUGUUGUAG